UUCUCUCUCUUACUCACGCUAAUAAUCAUCAUGAUCAGCAGCAACCAAUCUUAAAGAGAAGAAGAAAAAAAAAUUACACUGCCAAUUAUAAAUCCAACAAAAGGUGAAAGGUGGCCAAAGGAACAGAAAAGUAAAAUUCUUACCAAGCAACGAAGAAAGCAGAUUCAAAGUUGUAGUUUCUAGUGAUAGAAAGAGAGAACCCAAGAAAGAAAGGGGAGAAUAAUGUUUAGAAGCAUCACAACAGUUGAAAGAAAACUAGAAAAAAGAAAAAAAUAGAACUGGCUACUACAACAAAACAAAAUAAAAACAAAACCCUUGUAAUAAAAAGGCUAGGAAUAAGAAAACAAUAGAAAACAAGGAUGCUGUAUGGGAAAAGGGCAGGAGCCUAGAGAAAGAAAGAGAAAAAAAGGGGGAGGGUCUUCUCUGGCCGGCUGCUGCUAUUCUUCUUUUUUCUAGCUUCUUAUAACUCAGCUUUUUGAAGGAGUCUUUGCAGAAUUUGGGAAUUUGGAAGCUCUUCCAUAGAAGGUACAUAUAUAUAGAAGGAUCAACGUUUCAGUCAUAUACGAUUGGGCCUGCUGGCACUUAAUUAUUCUGUUUCAUCCCAUGGUUAGGCAGACACAGUAAUGCUGGCAGUAUGGGAAAGAAAGGGAGUUGGUUUUCUGCAAUCAAAAGAGUUUUCAUACCACAAUCCAAGGAAAAGCUAAACAAUAAAUCAUUUCAGGAAUCAGAUAAAAGAAGUGGUAAAGAAAAGAAGAAGAAAGGCCUAGGAAAAUUAAGGCAUGGAGAAACCAACUCCUUCAUUCCCCUCUUCAGAGAGCCUAGCAGUAUUGAGAAAAUUCUGGGGGAUGCUGAAAGAGAGCAUAAACUAAUAUUUAGGCCUCCCACACCUCCAGAGCAGCCAAGAACACCACCUUUUGUGCCUAGAGCUGCUUCUCCACGGGUUCCCUCUCAAAGGAUUGCCUCUCCUAGGGUUGCUUCUCCGAGAGCUGCUUCUCCUAGAGCCACUUCCCCUCCACGAGCUGCUUCUCCUAGAGCUGCUUCUCCUCCCCCACCUCCACCUCCACGAGCUGCUUCUCCAAGAGCUCCUUCUCCAAGAGCUGCACCUCCUAGGGUUGUUCGUCCUCGACCAGAACCAACUUUAAGGAACCAUCAUGCUUCAGCUACAAAAAUUCAAGCAGCCUAUAGAGGUUACAUGGCAAGGAGAAGUUUUAGAGCUUUGAAAGGCCUUGUGAGGCUUCAAGGGGUGGUGAGAGGACAGAAUGUGAAACGCCAAACUGUAAAUGCCAUGAAAUAUAUGCAGCUUUUAGUGCGAGUUCAGUCUCAGAUUCAGUCACGCAGGAUCCAGAUGUUAGAGAACCAAGCACGAUGUCAGGCUCAGUAUAAGAAUGAUAAGGAAGUUGAGAGUACCUUGGGCAAAUGGACCUUCAGCCAGGCAUCUGAGACAGGCAAUGAGGACUGGGACGAUAGCAUGCUAACAAGAGAGGAAGUAGAGACAAGGAUGCAAAGAAAGGUGGAGGCAGUCAUCAAGAGAGAAAGGGCUAUGGCCUAUGCAUAUUCCCACCAGCUAUGGAAAGCUACUCCAAAAUCAGCGCAAACAGACAUUCGCUCUGGCGGAUUCCCGUGGUGGUGGAACUGGUUAGAACGUCAACUACCUCCUGUGAAUGCUGCCGAAAGCCAAGGCGUGAAGGGUUUCCAACUUACACCAUCAAGGCCAAAUUCUGAAUUGAAGCCUAGCCCUAGGCCACCGUCGAGCAGCAAGCAACAUCUUUUCACAUUUGACAAUAUAGACACUCCCACACCAAAAUCUACAAGAUCAACUAUACUCCCGGCAACAAGACCUAUGCGAACUCCACCUCCUAGUAGAAUCCCGCAAGCAAGCGGCUCAGGGUUGUCGAAAUAUUCAAGACCAAGAGCGAGUGGAGCUGAUUCUCCAUUCGACUUGCCCCUGAAGGAUGACGAUAGCCUUAUGAGCUGCCCGCCGUUUUCAGUUCCCAAUUACAUGACGCCGACAGUUUCAGCCAAAGCCAAAGCAAGAGCUAACAGUAAUCCCAAGGAGAGGUUUAUGGGGACUCCGGGGAGUGAAUCAAAGAGGAGGCUUUCAUUCCCUUUGACACAAGGGAUUGGGUCUUUCAAGUGGAGCAAAGGGUCAUUGUUUUCUGGCAAGGAUUCAAGCUCUCAAAGGGGUUUAGAGAAGCACCAAUCACUACAAUCUAUAGGCAAUUUGAGUGUGGAUUCAACCGUUUCUAUGCCUGCCACGGUUGGAAGGAAGCCAUUUAACCGAUUUGUGUGAUUUUAUUUUUCCUUUAUUUUUAACCUUUGAUUACUUCAUUUUGGUGUUCUUUCUUAAAUCGAGUGUAUGGUGAUAUGUUGAGUUACAAAAAUUACUGAUGUGAAAUAAAAACAGAAACCGAUAGGAAAUGAUGAUUGGUUUGAAUGUCACAGGAUUUGGGGUUUGGUGAGAUACUAUUAA